AAAGACUUUUAUAUCAGGUUUUGUUUUGAAUUUUAUUUCAAAAGAUUUUCCUUCAAUUUCUUUCUAUUCAGAAUUGACAAAAAUAUUUAUUUUAUAAAAAAUGUCAAUUGAAUUUUUUUUAUCGUCACAUGCGGUUUGAAAAGUCGAAGAGUGUGGGUGCAAAACUGUAGCGCGAUCUCGUUUCGAGCGCGGUGAACUAUUAAACGUUUAUCACUAUGCGCGAGUUUUACUUUUACACAAUUUGCAGUUGCGCGAUCGGCGCGUACGUGAACGGUACUCUCCCUGGCAGUGUACCCAAUGCCAGUCCGAUGGCAAGUUCACUUACACUUAUAUUUUGCAAAUCAGAAUUAAAAUCUCCCCCAAAAAGAAACAAAUAAUAUAUAAUAAUCACAUAAAAAGAAUUAAAAAAAGGAGGUGGCUAGGAAAUAGGAUUUAAUCUUAACAUGCAAUUUUGCCUCGCGUGACAAAUCAAACAAUCCAAAUAUAUAUAUAUAUAUAUAUUAUUACAAUCAUCUUUUUUGAUAUUUUUCAAAAAGUCUAGGCAAAUCAGAAUUUUUAGUUUUGACAGUUUCAAACAAUUUUUCCACCUAAUGAAUCAUUUGUCAAACGGCGAGGAACAAUUUUGAUUGUUGUCAGGAGAGCUGGAGAAGGUUUCAUUGCAGAAGGUGAAAGAAUUGUCAUCAGGAGGUUUAAAAAGAAGUUGAAGUAUUUAUUAGGAUGUGGAAGAAUUAAUAAUCGGGAAUCCGAGAAUUAAUUAUAAGGAGAUGAAGGAUUUUAAAAGCAGUUGAAUUAAUAAUCUGGAAAUAAUUAAUUAUUUGUCCAGGAAUUUAAAAAAAAUAAUAUUAUCAGGUGAUUCAAAAUGUGUAAUUCAUUAGAAUUAUAAUUCACAUCAUUACGGAAACUCAAUUCCUAUUAAUCAAAAUUUCACUGAUAAAUUAUUAGGUAUUUUACAAAUUUUGAUCAUUCGGAAUUUUAAGAUCGAGUGAUCAAAUAGUGUUACUUCGAAUCAAGAAUCAAAGACGAAUUAGUGAAUAACAAAAUCAAAAACGAUGCAAAUUACCUGGGUCAAAUUCCAAAAAUCAAAAUCAUGGCUUUCUUGAAAUCAAAAAUUCAAAUAGAUUUUUUCUAUUGAAUCUUGAUCAACAAAGAUCAAACUGAUGAUUAAUUAGAUCUAUUCUUUUUGGAUCUUUCUUAUCCAAAUUGAUUAAAAAUUAGCUCCAGUUUUUUGGACCAAUUUUUCUUCUAUUUUUCUCUAACUACUUGAGGGGAGUCACGACCCCCGGGACAAAUAUCAUAUGUGUAUACAUUUAGCCGCGGGUGAAGAUAAUAGAGAGGUUGGAUGUUUAUGAGAUUAUUUCAAGGGGAAGAAGAGAAGAAAAAUAGGGAAAUGACACGUGUUUUGAAUCAGUGAUCAAUUUGGGUGAGAGUGAUAUUUGAAAAAGAUUCUUUCUUUCUCUCUGUGAUAUUUGUGCGGCGUGGUUUGAUAAUAAUAUCAGUGUGCAACGCGUACAUUCUGAACACACACGAGGAGCAUUGCCAUCGAUCGGGACGGACGUCGUGCGCCGCGACGCCCACCACCGUUUCGUUUCUUGCCACCAGCUUCUACUUGUCGUGUGCCCCACCUGCCAGUGGACUAUUAGACUAUUACGCCAUCAGAAACACGCCUUGGAGUGUCACACUCUGGUGGCAUCGACUCUCUCUCUCUCUUUAUCUCUCUCUUUCUCUAUCAUUCUGUCUUUUCUCCUUCUCUCUCUCUCUCUCUCUCUCUCUCUCUCUCUCUCUCUCUCUCUAUUACAAAAAGCAGUCAGUGUCCCUUAAAAGUCAGUGUGGUGACGACUCGAACAAAUAUUGUGCUGGUCAGGAACAACUCAUCCUCUCUUUCUUUUCCUCUGUCGAUUUUUUCAUAAAAGUAAUUAACAUUCGUUUUUGGAAACGAAUUUGUCAAAAAUUUGUGGUAUUUAUUUCUUUUUCUUUGUAAAUAUGGAAUUAAUUUUUCUUCAUUUCCGCGAAUGAAGAAAUUCAAGUUUGUACGGUGAAUUUCCCCUGAGAAAAAAGUAAAGAUACGGAGGAAAAGAAAUAUAAGAAAAAACCUAAUAAUUACAAAAUCGAAAAUAAGUCAAGUUUCUUAAAAAUUAUUAUAGUAAAGAGAGGAAGAAAAUAUAGUGAAAGAAGAGAUAGAAAAAAUACUCAUAAAGUAGAAAAUAGAAGAAGAUCACGAAAAAGGUAAAAAAUAAAAGAAUUAAAAGUAACGGGAAAAUAAAAUAAGUUGAAAAAAAAUUUCUAAAAACAGAGAGAAAGAAAAUAAAAUAAAAUUUAAGAAGCUAAAAGAGAGAAGAAAUAUAAAAGAAACAACAAAUAGGAAACUAUAUAGAAAAAGUGAAACAAGAAGCAUAAAGAAAAACUCGAAAAGUGAAGUAUAUGUAAAAUUUAAAACCACUUGAGAAUUUUUUCUAAACAAAACUUGAAAUUUGUGAAAAUUUUUUUCAAGUUUCAGUUUUCGUGAAACGAUAAAAAUCAAAGCAAUCUCAUUUACAUAUCAAUAGCAAAUGCACAUGUUGAAAUAGGAUAUUUCUUUUCUUUUUAUUAUAAUUUCCAACCAACUAAAUAAUAGUUGUCAACUAUUUAUAAACUGACAGCCAUUCAUAAUAAAUUACUAUAUUUAUAGAAAUUCUAUAGUUAUUUAAAAAAUACUCCAAUCGAAAAUAUUUCGAUAGUUAGUAAAGUUUUGGAUAAUUAAUAUUUGCCGACUACAAGUUAUUUCUCGAAUAAAUAUAAAAAUCCAUACGCUCUAGAAGAAUUUCUUCCAAAGAAAGUGUAGAAGACUCUUCCAAAUGAUGAUCAGCUCCUUCCGAAGGGUGCGCAAAAAAUGAGAACAAGAAUAAUUUAGGACUUGCAAUUAAUCUCUUCCUUAAUAAUCCAUAUUAAUUCCCAAUUUCUCUAACUUUCCCACCGAAAAAAGAGAAGAGGAAAAUAUGUUCUGCUUCCAAAGACCAUUUUCACGAACGUCACGUGGCGUCACAAAUUCCCUAUCAACAAAAGAGGAGCACCCCGAAACAAAACGACGCGGUUCCGAGGCAACGAGCGAGGGUUCCGGCUCGUCGUCAAUUCGAUACAUUGACCAGGAACUCUCUAUUUCCGGUGGCAGUAGUACCGAAACUUUGCCUGGCAUUAAAUCCGAUUAUCUCGAAAACGAUCCACUCUCUCCAGGUCCCGAUACUCUUAUCAUCAACUCGCCCAGUAUCAAUGUCAUCAAAGUCUCGAAUGGCCAUCAUGAAGUGAAUUCUCAUUCCAACAGUACGGAUAAGAGUCGAUGGCGUAAAAAGCUUCUUCUAAGAAUUCGCUCAUCGGACUCGUCAAAUUCAAGUACCAAUGGGGAAUUACGAAGUUCGUCGCCAUCGCCCGCCAGUGAAUCAACACCCUCCUCGUCAGGUGGCUCAUCAUCGCGAAAUCCCGAAAUCGUUGAUCGACGGGAUUUCCUCAAUGUUCCAACGGCGGGAAUUUUUGCCGUCAAUGGAAUUCCAUUGGUGAAUGGGUUUAGCGAUCAAGAGGACGAAGAGGAGGAAGAAGACGAGGGGGUGGUGGAUGAGGAAGAGGAGGAGGAAGACGAUUAUGAUAUUUGUAAUCAAGAAACGGAAACUGAGGACGGCUCGUCAAUGCCGUCGAGUCCCGCUGCAGCGUCAACAGUCGGUUUGAAUUCAACGUCAAUUCCUUAUUACGGUUUUUUAUCGGUGAAUGGCGGUGCAAUGCGACAAGAGACAACCAGCACAAGUUCCCCGCAACUCUCGACUGAGAUUGCAAACAAUAUGGACGAUGUGUUGCCGACGAAGGAAUUAGACACUGGAAGUUUACGUGAUGAUAGCGAUGCCGAUAACAAAUGCCUAUUGAAACCUAUUGACAAUUUGGAGGCGACCGCGUGUUUGCCGGUGGCGCGAUCGUGUCCAAAUUUAGAACGACAAAGUGCCGGAUUUUUGACUACAAGUGGAUCCUCCAGUCCAAGCCCAAGUCCUGGUCCAGCGGGACCACGCUUCAAGCCACUUGAAGAGGGCGAUAUUCAAGUUUGUUAUCUCAAUCAUACGCGUACAUUGGUCAGCAAAAUUUUAUCCAGCAAAUUUCUCCGACGAUGGGAGACACACCAUCUUUAUCUCAACGAUGCUUGCCUAUCGUCUAAGGCGCUCUCUGGAUUUUUACAACAGCCAGUUCCAUAUAGCGCAAUGUCUGAAGUUUAUGCUGUGGCAAGAUGGGAUCCAAAUUACAAAUAUUGUUUGAGAAUUGUCCUUCCCGAUGGCUCGCUUUUGCUGCAAGCAAGCAAUGCUUAUACAAGGGACCAAUGGUACCAUUCAAUUCUCUGGAAGAAAAGUAUUUUCAAAUAUCAAUACAUGGUGUCAGUGAGCACCAGGGAGGAAGUUAUUCUUAAAGAAUUGAAGACCCUGGUGGAUUUUGCUCUUUGGACUCCCCUUCAGGAUGAACGAGUGCCCGGGGCGCCCCUCGAGGCAGUCGCAAAACUUUUAGAAGAUCCCGUCGUCAUCGAAUCCGACGUGAAAAAUGAUAAAUUGACUGACAUUAAUGAGAUGAAAGAGAAAAAGGAACGAAGCGACAGAAGAAGUUGGGCUGAGGCAGUGUUGGCGGUGGCGGCGCCACUUUUGGAAAGAGCGGCACCACCGCCCAAUUUGACUCGUGUAUUAUCGAAAUUGGCCCAACGACAUCCGCGAUCGCCAUUGGUUCACGCGCUGAGUCCGGCAAUCACCCGAUGUCUCAAGCACACUGUCGAUUUUGGAAAAUCACCCGAUAUGCGAAAAUUACUUCAAGUUUUUGUUGCCGCGAUCUAUGAGAAUAAUGACGGCGAAAAGGCGAUUCGCGAAUAUAUAGCGUCCGUUCAUGGUCCAGGAAGUGAUUGUCCACAUCCACGAGUGCUGCCAAAUUUAGUCUCAAUUUGCGUCGCUGCUAUUUUUCACAGGUUCGAGGAAGUAAAUCGGGAUUCUGUAAAUGAGGAUAAAACAGUCGAUUUGCCACCUUUAAGUUGUUAUCUGCUGGUUUUAAACGUGGCAUCGGAAUACGCUGAUUGGAGACCGGGACUCUCGGCACUUUUACAACCAGUUCCAUUUCCGGAAGAAGCAUUGGCUGACAAAGAGGUUCAGGAAUCGGUAUUAAUGUGCGUCAUGAAACGCCUCGCCAAAGAUCCACGAUGUACAGUCCACAGAGUAUUACUUCCGGUGCGAGAACUACGUCCCGGUUGGAUUCAUAUUGUUGCCCCAUCAAGUCCAGCUUGUCCCGAUCAAGGCGAAUUAUUUGGCGAAAUGUUGACGACAUUGUUGGGAUGUUGCUGUCGAAGAAAGCGUUUCAUCGGCUCAUUGAUGAAACAAGCCGGCGGUGCUUGUAUUCUGUUGGGUGUGAGAGGCUGUGAUGCUGCUCAAGAGGCUCUUUGUCUUAUGUUAGAAUGGCGCCUUCUGCCGAACGAAGAAGCACGACUGCAAGUCGUUUCCGCUCUUCAAUCGACAGAGUCAGGAAGAAAUCGUUACGCUGCACUUUGCCAAAAACAGCGAAAUCUCCAAGAACUCCAACAGAAAGGCGGACCGAGAAAAUUGACGCUACCAGUUCGUGCUACUGAUGCAGACGUUGCAUUGCUUCUUGGUGGUGGAGCUUUGGGCAAUUUAGAGUGCUUGAGUUUGGCUUUUACGUCAGUCACGUCAGCGUGUGCUGAGCAAUUAAUUAAGCUCCCGGCACUAAGGUACUUGAAUUUAUGGGCAACUCAGUUUGGUGACGCGGGCCUACAAAUGAUAAGCGAACAUCUUCAAAAACUUCAGGUUCUCAAUCUUUGCGAAACGCCUGUUUCCGAUAAAGGCAUUUCUACUCUGGCCUCACUGACAAGCCUACGAAAAUUGAACCUAAACAGCACAAAAUUAUCGGCCCAAACGUUUGAGUCGCUGAAGAAGAGAUUGCCGUCACUUCAGGAAUUUGAUGUACGCUACACUGAGGCCUGGUGACCCGAACUUUUCUACAACUCUCAAUCGACCAACGGCGAUUCCGGUCGACGAGGAAUUGACGGUCCAAAUCAAAUUGGCAACCCAACAAGAAAAUUUAGUGCAAGGGCAAAGAGUUAAGGCGGUUGGAUAAUAAGACAAACAAACAAAAUAAUAAUUAUCUAUAAUAAUCUUCAAGAUAUCAUCAUAUUCCUCUUCAUUUAUCUAUACUUCACUUUUUUUAUCCAUGUAAUGCACGGGAAAAAAUUUUGGUCAGCAGCUGCACAUAAAAUGGACCGCUGUAAUUCCUAAAACGUGACGCUGACACACACAUAGCCUGCAGAGCCACUGCUCUACUGUAGGCUGUUCAGUGUCUGUACACAAUUUUUCUCGUAUGGAGAUUCUGCAAAAAAUUCGAGAAUGUACAACAAAAAAAAGAAGAUUUUUGAAAAAACAGAAACAAAUUUUGAGUUAAGAGAAAAUUUACUAGAAAAAGAAUGUAAAAAUCCGAAUUUACAAGAAAAUUUAAAAAUCAAACAACUGGAAAUUGAAAUAUUUGACUUAAAUAUCCAAAAAUUGAACAAUUAAUUCACAUACAAUAGAAUAAAUUCUUUUUAAAUAAAAAUUCCAAUCAAAAGUACGAAUGUAAUUUUUCGACGAAUUUUCAAAGGAUGAUAUAUUAUCUUUAGCAUAAAAACAUUAUCUUCCCGUGAGUUCUUUACCACUUCCUAUAAAACUCUUCACUUAUAAUGCAAAAAUAAAAGAAAGAAAAAAACUCCUUGAAUCGUCUUCGAAUGUCUAUAUGUCGCCGAUAGAAAGAUUCAAAGUAGGAUACCAACUGCCUUAAAUGAAUUCUGAGCUACCACUGCCAAAAAGUGCAUGCUGAAACAGGAGAAAAAACAGUCCAGUUAAAAAAAAGAAAGCUCCAUUUUAAAACUCUCGAGACUCGCUGAAACCAAAAUAAACCCAGAAUUUUUACCUGUUAAAAAAAUCAAUGAAAAUUUCAAUUUCAUUUAAUUACUGAAUCUUUUAUUUUUUUCAAGCAAUUUUCAACAUUUUAUUACUACUAUUAAAAUUAAAUUUUUAUUCCAAUUUGCAUUCAAUUGAAAAAAUUAAUUUAUUUAUAUAUUUAGAAAUAAUAAAGUUCAACAGUUGGAAAACAAAACUUAAAAAAAAGUUUACCAAAAUAAGAAUUUCAUUAUUAUGAAAUUGUAGAAUUUUAUAAAUUAUUAAAUUACAAUUAUUUAAAAAAAAUUUUAUUAGUUAAGAUAUAAAAAUAGUUAUUUAUGAUACAAGUGCGUAAAGUGAGUGAUUAUACGAGUAUAAUCAGAUUUACGCACGUGUAUCAUACAACAUUUUUUGCAACACCCACCUCUAAAGUUGAGUACCUAUCAUGAACAAUUCCAACUCUCUAUUACACUGAAAAACUUUUGGGGCAGCUGCUCUCCCAAUCGAAAAAUUUCUAUAUUUAGUUAACUUCAUACUCAAUAUUUAUCAUGAGUUUUUAUAUGAGUGAAGUUAACUGAACAUAGAAAUUUUUCGAUUGGGAGAGCAGCUGCCCCAAAAGUUUUUCAGUGUAGAAUAAUGUCGAUUGUAUAGAAUUAAAUAAAUCAAUCGAAGAUCAGGAAAAAUAUCAUUAAGCGGGAGUGUAUAAAUUUAAAAGUAAAGUUCGUUUUUUAAUUUUGUGGUUUUGUAUGGUCUAAAACAAUCCUUAUAUUAUGUGAGAAAAAUUUCGGUGCGUAAAGUGAAUCACUUUACACACCGUUUUAAAAAGAGCUUCUUUACACACACUUUUUGGUGUGUAAAAUUUAACUUUAGAGGUUAGUGUUGCAAAAAGUAUAUUAUUUAUAUUAUUUAGGUAGGUACCUAUACAUUAUUUAUAUAUUAUAUAAUAAUAUAGAUAAUUAAAUAAAUUGUUAACAAAUAAAAAAUAGAAAAAUUCUACAAAUCAUUUAUGAAAUCCUAAAAUUAAAUAAAUAUAUUGAGAUACAAAUUAUUUUUAAACUAUAUAAGAUCAAAAAAUAAAUUAUUCUAAUUGUUUCUUUAUUUUUUAUUUCAUUAUAUUAAAGGAAUAUAAUAUAGUAUAAUUUAUUUUUUAUUUAUAUUUUAUUAUCAAAAUUUAUUUCUGUAAUUAAAUUUAAUUGAAAAAUUGACAGUUAAUGCAAAAUUAUUGAUUAAAAAUAAUUAUUGUUAUCAUCGAAAUGAUGAAAUCGAUGAGAGAGGAAUUACUAUACGUGUUCAAUGUAAUAUAAAGAAAAAAACGGAAAGUUCUUGUUGUUUAUUUUCAAUAUUUAAAAAAUGUCACAUGACUCGAGGGGAAAUUAUAGUAUACAAAAGCGCAUCUUAAAAAAUUAAUAAAAAAAUUUCUCGAGCGACACUAUAGUGUAAAUAGUUAAAUUAAGCGAGUUACGACGUUUAAAUAAUUUAUUGUAGGUAGUUCAUAUUUAUAACGUAUACGCUUUACGAAAAACACACACCAACACAAAAUAUAUAUGUCGUAGCCACUUUGUGAAAAACCGCUUUAAUUCACAAUGUGACUAACAUUUAUGUUGGUAGUGUUGAUACAAUUUUUGCGAGGUAAUCACUCUCAUUUACUACCAUUUUCUUUUCAAAUUAUAAAAUAUAUAAAAUGAAUAAACGACACUACAUUAAUAGAAAGAUAUUGAUUUGUAAAUGAAUGAUUUUAAUUAAAGAUUAGACUUACCGUAGAAAUAAUGACAAGAAAUUAACUGUUAAUACAAUUUCUUCAUUAUCGGCAUUGAACGACUUGGACAUUUCAUGAAAUGCAUUUUAUAUUUGGACGUAUUAUGAAAUUUCACUUAGAUUCGCAAAGUACAUAAUUGGCUGUAGCACUUGAUAAAAUGUUCAAAAAUGUUGGACACAUUGUGAAGUAAAUAUUUUUUUCACAAUGUCACCGCACUUCAUUAAACGUGCAAGCACUUCAUGAAAUGCGGUUUUUCAUACAGUGGCUACGACAUAUAUAUAUAUGUGACCUGGCCAGAUAAAAAGGACCUUACAUCCGAAAAAAUCGAUUUUUUAUUGAUUGGUGAUUCUGAUAGAAAAAAGUUUUCUCUAUCAGAAUCACCAAUCAAUAAAAAAUCGAUUUUUUCGGAUGUAAGGUCUCUUUUAUCUGGCCAGGUCACAUAUAAAUACGAAAAGACAUAUAAUUCAAUUUUCAUGUAAUAAAAAAAAAAUUUAGGGUGUAAUGAAUAUUUCUAUAUCCAUAACCUCCUCAUAGAUAAGCAAAAACAAAAAACUAAAAGAAAACUUUCAAUAUGGUUAUACAUAACGUUAUAUUACAUAAAUGUUAUAUAAUGUUGUAUGACUUUUCCUUGCCGGGGCCAUAAAGAUUGGUCCCUUCAAAACCAAAGAAAAACAGAAAAAAAACAAAAAAAAGAAAAAAGAAACAAAAGAUAAAUUUUUAAAACUACCUUUAACGCUCUAUAAUAAAUAUUUAAUUCUUCAUUAAAAUUCUGAAAUUUUUCUUUUCAACAUUUCCAAAUAUACUUGUUAAAAAACAUGUAAAUCAAGAGCGUUAACACAGAAAAUUAAAAGGCAUUAAAAUAAGCUGCAACGCUUCUUAUUUUAAUACAAUUUUGCUUAUUUUAAUACCAAAAUGGAUUAAAAUAAGCAAAAUUGGAUAAAAAUAAGAAGCGUUGCAGCUUAUUUUAAUGCCUUUUAAUUUUCUGUGAAUGGAUUAAAAUUUAAUCAAACGUGCACCCCCCAUACCACAAAAAAUAUUAAAGAUUUCUCCAAUUUGUAUCAUCUGCGAAUGUUUAAAAUUUUAUUGCUCUAUAAUUUUCGGAGCAAAAUUUCUAGUGAAAUAAUUAUUAUUUUUCAUUAUUUCUAUAAAUAAAUAAAUAAAUUAAUUAAUUAAUUAAUAAUUUGAUAAAUUUAACUGAAUUAAAUAAUUAAUAAUUUAAUAAUUACCUUAUUUAAUUUAUUCUCAAAAUAAUGAAAAAAUAAUGAGAAUGAUACUUCAAUAAAGGAAAAAAUAAAUUUGAGAUUUACUUUUUUCUGAAAAAAGUAAAAUUAAGUUAAUAAAUAAUUUAUUUAUAAUUACUUUUUCAGUCAAGAAAUAUUCCAUACCUAUAAUUUUUGUAAAAAUUUUAGGAAAAAAAUUGUUUUUAUUUGUUGUUAUAAAUUACACUGUAAAUUAUUUUUCUAAUAGUUUAAAAUUGUUUAUAAAAUUUGUAUUUUUAAAAGGAAUGUUAUUAAUUAAUAAUAAAUACAUUAUUAUUUUUAACAGUUAUUAAAUAAAUUGAUUAUUUAUAUUAAUUAACGAAUUUGACAAUUUCGCAAUUUUUCGGUAAACUUAUUGCGGAAUUGAAAAAAUAUACAUAAAUGGGAUUUGAAUGUAAUAAUGAAAAUAAAAAGGAGAAGUCUUUAUUUCUAGAAAGAAAUAAAAACGAUCGAGAAUUAUAAAUAUAUAUAUGAAAGAUUUUAGUAGUUAUAAACUACAAUAAUAAUAAUAAUAAUAAUAAUGUAAUUCUUGAUUCACCUAAUUGAUAGGAUGACUGAUUCUGUACUUUGUUUCAAUAUAUAUUAUAAUUAUGUAAAAGCUGCAAGGGAGCAAGCAUUGUAAGAAGACUGUUUAUGUCAAUUUCAAUAAGGAUAUUAUAAUUUAGCCAGUUAUGAUAAUGAAUUAAAAAAUAUAUGGCAAAAUAAAUUCGAAUUUAAUACCAUAA